AUGGUGGACACAAUUCAAACGAAGGAAGGUGCCAUAGCAAUUAGUGCUGAGAAUAUGCGCAUUUCGAUGCGUUCAGUGCGUCGCGCAAAAACAAAAAUGAUAUUAACGCCUGCGGCACUCAUAUCUCACUUAAAAGCUAACGGUCGAAAACUUGGUGAAGGGAUCGCAGAUCUGUAUCAAAAUUUAGAAAAAGAUUCACCCACAUUUUUUGCAUUUUUUAGUGCUGAAAAUAGAGCAAAAAAUAAAUUUCCAAACGAGAUAUUUCUCCUGGAUAGAACCCGAGUUAUACUGAAUGAAAAGCCUGACUAUUAUCAUGCCUCAUAUGCAAAACAGUAUGUAUUGGCUCAGGCACCAUUUGAUGAAACAACAGCGCAUGAUUUCUUCCGUUUAGUAAUGCAAUGCAAACCAGAAGUUAUUAUCGUACUCAUGGAUUUAGAUCCAGAUGAUAAUGAACAAUACAUUACGGCAUCGAAACCACGAAAAUACGGUACAAUAAGCGUUCGAAAUGAGAAACGAGAGAAGCCUUCCUUAUCGAAGGAAUCCACUGAGAAAUAUAGCCAUUAUAAGUUGGUUAUAAUGAAGGAAAAAGAGAAAGAGGGAAAAAUUGAGCAAAAAUAUCAGCUGAUAACAUUAAACACAUGGACCAAUGAUAUGAUUAUCCCGAAAGAUGACUUUGUUAAAUUUCAUAAAGUGGUUCACAAGCAAUUAGAGAAUCAACCACGUGAAUGCUCACAGCUUGUUGUAUGUCCAUCAGGUGCACAUCGUGCCGGUGUCUGGGCGGUGUUCGAUACGGAAGCUGAGCGUCUGAAAACCAAAAAUCGGAUUCGAUUCUCUGAUACAAUUAAAAGUGUACGAAAUCAACGAUGCAAUACGAUUGAACAUUUCGAACUCUUUGAUGGUCUCUUGAAUAUUCUCGUUUCUUAUGCUAAAACUCAAAUAUAA